AAGGGAAUCCCUCAGGGACUUAUUUUGCCACGGUUGACGGCAAAAAGCGAUACAUUGAAACAUGGCAAUGAGUGCGAAGACCAUUGGGCGACUUGUAUCUCGGAGAUCUACAUUGUUGCCGGGCUUUAUUCGAACUGAGAGGACACCCUUUACAAGCCCCCGAAUGAGCUCCAGUUCAGCUGCCGCUGCUGCGGCGAUGCCCAAAGAAGACAGCGUCUCUGCAGCCAAAUCCAACUACAAGAUUGUUGCAGACGUGGGGGAUUUCGACAAGACACAGUCCGAGCGCCCAAAGUUCGACUAUAGCAACAAACCCAUUGAAGUCACCCAAUCCCCCAACCCGAACUGGGAGUACGGACAAGGCGUGCCUGAUAAUGGUGCAAGCGCCAGUAAAAAGCACCAUGAAAUUGACCCCUAUGAUCCUGACCGGCCAAUGGUUAGCAACUAUCAACUACUGGUUUCUGGGAUCGCACCUCGUCCGGUUGGGUUCCUGAGCACUGUAUCUGGUAGCGGUGAUGAUGGAAAAACCACAAAGAACCUUUCACCGUUCAGUUACUUCCAAGUCAUCGACCACGAUCCACCAAUGUUCAUCGUGGGAUUCUCAUCCCGCCCAGAACGCGUCAAGGAUACAUUCCGUAACCUGAAAGAAACCGGCGAGGUAGUAAUCAACACCGUCUCAGAAAACAUGAUCGAAGCCGUCAACGCCACCUCCAUCGAUGCUCCAUACGGCGUCUCCGAAUGGGAGGUAUCCGGUCUUCACGAAGCUCCGACAACAACAGUAAAACCGUCUCGUGUGCAGGAAUCGGUUUUCUCAAUCGAAGGAAAGGUUGUUGAUAUCAAGGAGUUCGAGGACCAUGUGAAGCCUGGGAUGAGUAUUGCGUCGUUGGUUCUUAUCAAGGCUACGCGGUUUUGGGUCCAGGAGGAUGCUGUUAAUACGGAGUUGAGUCAUAUUGAUUUGAACAAGUUGCGGCCUUUGGGGCAGUUGGGUGGGAUUUCGUACGGGCGGGUUACGUCUACUUUUGAGCAGCCAAGGAGGAGAUGGAAGGAGGAGCACCCUAAGAGUGAAGUAUUGAGUCGGUUGGAGGAUUCGAAACGGGAAACCGAGUAAAGCCUUUCUGUUUAUUAACUUGCAUUGUGAAUAUUACUGAUAGCAUCUUAAAUUGAGCAUGCUGUUAACAACCCGUAAUAUUGACCG